AUGUCGAGGCUAUGGGCAAGAUUUGCAGGGUUGUUCAGUAGCAAGAGUUUCAUCGGAGUAGACAAGACUGGUAACAAGUAUUUUUCCAGAAUGGAGGAGAUUGACGGACUGGGCGAGGUUCUAAGGAUUUCUGUCGUGAGAUUUAGGCAUCCAAAUUCUUCCUUCUUUUGUCAAAUUGCUGAUGUUCUUCGUUUUGUUUCCCCGUUCGAUUAG